AAAUAUAUUCGAAAUCGAUUGAUUGAUACCAUUUAACAAAUAAAGCCACUGUUGGCAUCAAUCAUAUCAAUUGUUUGAUAUUGAUUACCAUCAAAAUAUUUACAAUUGAUAAAUCAAUAAUGUCAAAUUCAAAAUAUUCGAUGAAAAAUUCGAUAAAAAGCAAUGUACAAUUACAGAUUCUCAUACAUUUCAACAUAUGUUUAUUCAUAUUCUGGUUUCUUUUACAUAUUUUCUAUUAUCGUCAAAUCGAACAUCAAUAUUGUCAACAAAUUUUUAAGAAUGAUGAUCUUUAUACAUUUCUUAGUAAUGCAUCAUUUACUUUGUUGACUAUUGUUGAAUUUGGACGUUUAUAUGCUGGAUAUUAUGGUAAUCGUUUGGAAAAGAUUCAACAUCUAAUUGCAUUCAUAUUUUUAUCAUCAACAUUUCAAUUACCGAAUCAUCUUUUUCGUUUAAUUGUUAUUGAAUGUUGGCAACAUUAUUUAUUUAUUCCGGAAAUAAUUUUCAAUCUUUUACUAUUGAUAAUGACAUUGGCUGAAAUUAUUUUCAGCGAUUCAUCAACCGAUAAUUAG